AUGCAUUUCAGUCGAGCUGUUAUCGCAGCGCUACUGUCGAUCUGUGCUUUUGCUCAGCGAGUUGAACGAGACCAUGACGAAGACACGACCUUUUCCGAGGGUGAGACCACCUACCACAUUAUCACCGUAGGGAAGUAUGACCAUGAGUUCUAUCCUGCCAUCACUACAGCAAACGUGCACGAUGUUGUCAUGUUCAGAUUCUAUCCCGAUAACCACUCAGUCAUCGAGUCGCUGUACCGUUGGCCAUGCGUUUAUCGCGAUGCGGUUGAUGGACAAGGGGGAUUUCACACCGAAGGCUUCCCUCUGCACGACUUCAAAGAUGAAGACCAUCUGCCCACAUGGAAUUUCACCGUUGAACAUCUAGACCCUAUCUUCUUUUAUUGCGGCGCUCCAAGCUCAUGUGUCAGCAAGGGGAUGGUGGGCGCUAUCAACCCCAGCAGCGACCAGAACAUAACGGCUCAGAAGAAACUGGCAAUAGAUGCCGGAAUUGUUAAUAUGCCGGACGAGACAUUGACUCCCAAUGCUGCCGCUUCUGUGUCUGCAGCCGCCGAGAGUGACAUCCCAGUCGAACAAGAUGAUGAAACCAAACGCAUGCCAUCACCAGGUGCAGUCGCAGGCAUCGUGAUUGGCGGCAUAGUCGCUCUUGCGAUCAUCAUCUUGUCAAUCUUCUAUCCUCGCCGAAGACGACAAAAGAAGGCUCUGCAGACCGGCCCGAGCGAGUCCGCCACACAAGCUCACACUACCGCAGCCCAUGCCCCUGAGAUGCAGAUUGAUGGAAUAACAUACGUGCCCGCAACGGAUCCAAGGGCAUUCUACAACCCCCAGCCACCCUCGUACUAUCAUCUGUCCGCCGAGAUGAGGCCCAAGUCCCCUGGGGAGUCGACGUUUUCCGGUCCGCAUGGAGCGCCGACUACGCUGUACUCGCCUUCGAUUGGGUCGAUUCGGAACAGGUAUUCCGACAUUGGCCCUGACACGAUGAUGCAGCCUCAACCGCAGCCCGUGACGCAGCUGCCUUUGUUGCAGGAACUUGACGCGCAGCCCCAAAAGGACGGCAGUCGCAUGGAAAGAAAAUAUCUCAGCUGA